AGGACUCUCUAGAAAGCGACACCAACUGACCAACCCCAACCCUGCGCCUCCCUCCUCCCUGCGCCUCCUCUCUUCCAGGAGCCUCCUCUUCUAGAGAGAGAGAGAGGGAGGGACCAUAGCCGUGGCCGCACCGCCAACCACGCCGCCCGAAUCCCCCGAUCGAGACCGGAGCCGACGUGGCCUAGGGUUUCCGAGCCAGUCGGGCGCUAUGGUGGGCUGCUCCAGGGGCUCCCUCCCCACCUGGAUGACCGCCGCCGCCGCGCGGGUCGACCUCUCGGGCGGCGUAACACCUUCGCACCAGGGGUCGUCCUCUCCGUCCCCCUCCUCCUCGGGUCCCGCUCCGUCCGCGGGGGCGGACCAGGAGCUCGGGAUGUUCGAGCGCGCGCUCUCCGCCGCCGGUGCCGCCUUCGUCUCGGCUAUCAUCGUCAACCCUCUCGAUGUCGCCAAGACGAGGUUGCAGGCCCAGGCGGCAGGGGUGCUGUACCACCAGCCUGCCCAGAUGGCGGCGCUUGGCCCGGAUGCGAUCCUAUCUGAAUUCAGAUGCUCUCCUUCAUGCACACGUGGUCUUGUAUUAGGAAGUGAGCCGGUUUGUCCUCCUGAUUGCUUUCAGUACAAGGGAACACUUGAUGUAUUCUUGAAAGUGGUUAGACAGGAGGGGUUCGUUAGACUAUGGAGAGGAACAAAUGCAGGCUUAGCAUUAGCUGUACCCACUGUUGGGAUAUACUUGCCUUGUUAUGAUAUAUUCCGCAACUGGAUUGAGGAUUUCACAAGAAGCAAUGCUCCUGGCUUGACACCAUAUGCCCCGCUAGUAGCAGGAUCUGUUGCACGUUCGUUAGCAUGUAUUGCUUGUUCUCCAAUUGAGUUGGCAAGGACGCGUAUGCAGGCAUAUAAAGAGUUUCGGCCUGGAGUGAAGCCUCCUGGAAUGUGGAAAACCUUGGUUGGUGUCAUCUCACCACUUGCAAGUUCAAGUCAGAAUGUACAAAACUACCGUGUUCUGUGGACUGGGGUGGGUGCACAACUUGCUCGAGAUGUUCCUUUCUCUGCUAUAUGCUGGUCAACUCUUGAGCCCAUGCGAAGAAAACUGCUUGGUCUUGUUGGAGAAGAAGGCAAUGCAGCUAGUGUAUUGGGAGCAAAUUUUGCUGCUGGUUUUGUAGCGGGCAGUCUUGCUGCUGGUGCCACAUGCCCUCUGGAUGUUGCAAAAACAAGGAGACAGAUAGAGAAGGAUACUGAGAAGGCAAUGAGGAUGACUACAAGGCAAACAUUAACUGAGAUAUGGAGGUCUGGAGGCAUGAAAGGGCUGUUCACUGGCGUUGGCCCACGUGUUGCACGCGCUGGUCCAUCAGUUGGUAUUGUCAUUUCCUUCUACGAGGUUGUCAAGUACGCUCUUCAUCAAAGGAACACCUCAUGACCCAGUUUUGUUGAUAAGAUGGGAGUCCAUUCACUUUGUAAAAACAACACUGUCCGUGGUUUCCCAAAGUAGGCCUGGUUACUCUGACCUUCGGACGGGCAUGGCUAGGUGUAACUUGGAAGAUCAGAGUGCUCAGCAGUCAAGACUAAACAGGAUUUUUCAUGGACAAUGUCCAUUUCGGUCGAGGAUGACAUCAGUUUUGCCAUGGAGCAGGCUCCAGUUUCGUCUGGCAGGUUUUGGACCAUCGUCUAAGCUUAUGCUUUGAGUGACCUGAAGCUGCUUUGGUUAACUUAUUAGGUAGGUCCUGUAAUUGAAGGUGUUAGUGCAGAUCAAUAAUACCCUAGAAACUACAGAAGAAAUUUUGCAGAUCCUAGUCUCAUGUCGAUGCUUUCUCUAGACCAUGUUCGGUUGAUGAAAGAGCAUCUUGUUGCUGGCUUAGGUUUAAGUUUGCAACAAGUUUAUGUUGUCGGUAAGAUCUAUAUGUGCGUGCACGAUCGCUGUUCAACAAAGUUAUAUUGGUUAAAGAAGCGUUUGCAGCGAGCCUAUGUGACAUAA